AUGUCCAAAUUAUCUAUAUUAAAUAAUACGAAGAUUAAAUCGAAAUGUCUAAUAAUCGUAUUAUUUUGUUUUAUCAUUCUAAUGGAAAUGAAUAAAUUGCCCAUUAAUAAAUCUCUUGGACGGAAAUCAUUAAUGGCAAGAGAAGAAAAAGGUAUCUGGGAUUUUGGUCGAGUUUCAUGUAUUGUGGGACUUGCAUUAACUGCUGCAUGUACAUUUUAUACUGCAUGGAGUCCCGCGUUUUGUUUGAUCCCCACAUCACCAGCAUGCUGGGCAUUAACUAUUGGAAUUAGUGUCACUGCAAGUUUUUCAGCCAUUGCUGUGUCAUAUGCCGCAUAUAUUGAAUAUAUGAAUGGAGACAUAUCAGUUAUUGAUGAUGAGAUUGUGAUAAGGUAUGAGAAUCAAUAUUUAUUAACAAAUACCACUAUGCAUAUGUAUCCGGGAUUACGCAAGGGUGGAGGUGAUGAUAAUUGUAUUAUAUUGUAUAAACCUGAUGAGAUAUAUGACACAAUUGUAAGAAAAUUUAUUGAUGUGGGGCUUGGGGUCCCUAUUUUGAGUAUACCUAAUGUGGGGUGCACAAAAUUUCAAAAUGAAGAUGGAGAAAGGUUGUUUGAUAAGGGAGUUGUGAGUAUAAAUUGGAAUAGUCAAAUUGGUCAACAUGUAGCGACGAAUUUAGAACAUUAUGAUGUUGUUUCUAUGGCGGAUGAUAUAAUUGGACAAUAUUUGAGUGGAUAUGAUGGGGAUGGGAUUUAUAAUGAAAUUCAAGAUGAAAAUGUGAAUUGGGUUUCGUAUAAUGUUGGGUAUGAUAUGGAGGUAUGUGGAGUGAGGGAGCGUGUAAGGGAAAAGCUAUUUAGCAAGACAAACUAUGAGAUUUGGAACGGAGAUAUUAAAGAAUUGGCUAAAUUGAUAUCAAAGAAUCGUAGUUGGAAAUGGAGUCUUGAUAUAAUUACGGGGAACUCGAUUAGGAAUGAUUAUUUUUGGGGAUGGUUGCCACGUAAAUGGGGUAAACAAGAACAAAGACAAUUAAUUCAUGGAGAAGUCUAUUUGAAUCAAUACGGCGGGGUGAAGGGAUAA